CAAAGUGGCAGAGGCCUGCAGCCGACUGAGGUAUGGUCACUGAUAAACUUUGGACCAAAAGUUUGACAAGACGCAACAGAGGUGUCCUGUGCUUGACCUCAGCUGUGUACUAAGAGCUUCCUGUUUAGAGAAAAGUUUUUUACUGGUUGAGUUGAACUGGACAAGAGACAUGUUUAGUGACUUCCUUAUUUGAAGUGGAAACACACAGACUUUACCCAGUGCCAUGACUCCGAGGAAUCCAUGCCAAAAUUGUGCACCUCUCUCUUCAUCAAAGUUUAUGAAGACUUAAUGAAUAUGUCAGAAAAUCACAUGUGAUCCUGUCGGCCUCUGAAGCACAUAAAACUGAAAAUGAGUCAAGGGGGGCAAGAGGUCCACGGGACGGGACUGAGAGACGUCUUUGACAUACUAGUCAAAGCACCUCCGCAGCGACUCCUAAGCCUGACAUUCCAGCUGGGCGAGUCUCCUGAAGAUAAUAUCGUACACGCCUUAUGUCUGAUUAUUCUCCAGAAAGAGGAGCGGGCCCUGAACAAACUCCAGAUGCUGAAGGGCAACUACUUAGCUAAACACAUAGCUGAGAAGUGGCAGAACAGUGGAGGCAAAUUAGACAAUUUUGCCGUUCGGUGUGGUCAAGAGCAUCCAGGAGAGCCUUUAUCAGCGUUGCCUCGUAUUUUUAAAGUGUUGUCAGAACAAAGGCUGUGUGAUUCACAUCUGAGGAAUCUGGCGUAUAAGAGAGCCCUCUCCAGUAUCGGCCAGCGAACAAGCAAUUGUGAGGAUCUGGAGUAUGAUCAACUCAGAGAGGAAGCUAAAGUCGUCUGUGGGCCUGAGUUUGCAGAGAUGAUGUGCUUCCCAAAGGAUCUCAAGUCAGGGUCUUACCGUGAUCCUCUUAGCAGCCUGGGUGGAGGAAGCACGACUUUAAAAGUUACCCUGUCUCAGGAUCAGUCAGCGAGCACUCAUAGUCUGCCGAGCCCAUUGCAGGUGACCUCUUCAAUGCCCUCAUACCCCACUCAUUUAGAGAUAAGCAUUCCUCCAACAGCCCCAUUUCAAGGCGACAAAAUUACUCCUGAAGCAUCAGGUGAAUCCAAACAACAUGUCCGUGUUAGUGAAUGUGAAGCACCUCAGCAAUCUCACACAUCUGAGCCUAAGUCCAGUCAACCUCCAGCGUUUGGCGCAAAUAAACACUCAAAGAAUGAAUCAUUAACCACAGAGAGCAGCCUUGUCACUCGGAGUGAGACUCUUAACCAAAUCACCAAACCAACCACUGGACCAAACUUUGCACUACCAGCUGCAGCAAACAUUUUUCUACCCAUGAUGCCUGCUAUGGAUGAAAUGCAUGAAAGUAGAGAUGCAGAAGAGGAAGAAGAGGCAACGUUUUAUGCAUUUGUCAUCUUUCAUGCACCUGAGGAUGCAGAUAUGGCCGAGAGCAUGAGGGAGAAACUGGAAACAAUCCUGGAGAGUGAUAGUGAAGGUGCAACUUUCUCUGGGGACUUUGCCCUCCCUGGAAAAAGCACCCUGAGGUGUGUCGAGGAUGCCAUCAGCAACUCGGCCUUCACUAUCCUGCUGCUCACCCGCAACUUCAACACUCGCUUGCUGGAGAUGAAGACGGACUCUGCCCUUAUCAACUCCAUAAACAAAAAAUACAAGCACAACACUGUCAUCCCUCUGCUGCCACGGGAGAACAGCAUGCCCAGACACAGCCUCCCCAUGGUUUUGCAGACAAUAAUUCCACUCGUGGAGGACAAGAGCUUCACGAGGAAAAUACAAAAGGUCUUGUCUCCAGCGAAGAUUAGAAACCAGAAGAAAAUCUGGACUGCAGAGCAGAGGGUGAAAAUGCAGAUAGAGAGGCAGGAGAGACUAAAGCAUUUAAACCAGCACCAGAGGCAGCUGAUCAGAGAGUGUACAGCAGCAGAGUUGCUGGAGACAGAGAAACUCAACCUUUAUAUGGAACAAAGACUUCUUCUCACGCAACCACAACAGGACGGGGGUCAGUGGCAACAACAACAACCAAAUAUUCACAUUAAUAAUGCUAAGUACAUUAUGAUUGGUAAUGAUUCUCGAAUGAAUGUGGAUUUGAGUGGUAGUCCAGACAAUGAAGAUUCAAUUUAUAGAGAGGAAGAGCAAUAACCUUAAAGAUGAAAACAAAGACAUCCUCUAGAGUCGGUGUGUUUGUAGAAAAUGAGAGUAAUAAUCACACUUCUUGUCUGAACACUAAAAUGUCAGGGCUGUUAGAGCCACGGCGAGGUAUUCACUGCAGACUGUUUCAUUGUAUUUAAACCUGUUGGUGAGAGAAAAUUCAAUAAAACCGUCGAAAGUGCAAUUAAGUGCCAUCUUAUGGAUUUCAGAGGACGCUGUAAAGAGAGUCUAUUGAGCGGAACAAGGGCUUCAGAUGAUUAUUUAGCAGAGGACUGCCAUCUACUGACCCAGUGUGUGAUGCAUGCCUCCAGAUCUCACUGACUGUAUGAACCCACUGUGGACACUAGGGAGCGAUGUUGUUACACACUCAGUGCUCCUCAGGAUCUUUGAAGUGCAGUGUCAUCCAGUAGCAUCACUGUUGUGGUUUAUGGGAGCUAAACAAGAUUAAAUAAACUUUUAAUGUCACUGUUUACCAUAUUAUUUCAAGUGUAUUUCAAGUGCUGUGUGUGCAGAUUCAAAUCAUGAAAUCAAUCGUGAAGGUACAGCUUUGUAUAAGAGUAACUGUGAGCCUUUAACAUUUUUGGUGAGGAGAUCAAGUUUGAAGCAUGCAAUACAAUCUCCAUAAUACAUUAUAUCCUUGUCUGCUGUCUGAGGGUGACAGCAGCAAAAGUUGGAGAGUUGCCAGUAACUAAUAGAGAAAUAUGUCACUGAUAGGCUGAAGUUAAUGCUUACUCUCCUAGAACCUUCCCACAUAUAUCUGACUUUUUGUCUCUGAGACAAACUGCACCCUAAGAUUCUCAGACAGGUUGCUUUUAAUAGUUCAGACUCAAAAUGAGGACAAGCAGUGAGAGAAACUACUUGAGGAGGUCAGGUAUAAACACACUUCCAUGUCUGUUGCUGGAGCCAAAACCCAAAUGUGUGUGUACGCUUGUUUUCUACCCGAUCUGCACCUCUGUAACAUCUUAUUUUGCCUUUAAUCAGGAAUAGACAAAGUAAUCAAACCCUUUAUUGAACAGAUGUAGCAACACACAAGUUAAAGUGAACAAGUACUUAAAUAAAAUGUAAAGUGCUUGGUGUUAAAAAGUAGGCUUGUCUAACGUUGACCUUCAGUAACUUGGAUAAAGUCGUCAGCUAAACUCGUGGAGUACCGAGCACAUUUCUCCCUCUUAUGUUGAGUGGUGUAAAUCUCUACAGCAGGGAUGCUUAACUUGCUUUGCCUGGGGGCUACUUUUGCAAAAUGACAGGAGGCCAGGGGCCACUUAGUAAACAUUAAUGUCAUUAACAUAAUAUAUAUCAAAUGAAAUACAUAGACAUGCCCAUAACAAAUACUAAUGCCCGCAACUCAUCUAAACAUCUUCAAAAAUCUUUAUUUUUUCAAUUAAAUGACUUAGUAACUAAACCUAUGAACUAAAAUAACUGGCAUUGACACUGUGUGACAGAGAGAUCACAUAUUUUACAGCCAGGUACAGCAGCCCUGCACAGGUGUAUGCAGUGGCAAUGCUAGGGGUUGAGGACUUUCGGGGGCUUUUUCGGGGUUUAGCCUGGACCUGUGCUGGGGCUUUGUGAGAUCCUCCCCUGGCAUUUUUAAAAAAAAUAAAUCUAUUUUUUUGCUUUUUACACACUCUGGCACCUUUUUUACAUUCACAGCACAAAAAAUAAAUAAAAAUCCCAGUGUAAAUCAAUUAAUUUUCAUUGUAAAAUAGAAAAUAGUCAGCAGGCCCCCCAGCACCCUAUCAAGCACCAGAUUUGGCCUGAAAGCUGUAAGUAGAGAUCACUGGUCUUACAAAAUACAAAUACUCACUGUACCAGAAGGAACUAAGUCUAAAAUCAAUAUUAAUUUCCUUUUCUUAACAUCUUAAACAUGUUUUAUGAGAAAUAAACAUGCAAUAAUUAUUCAUAUUUUAAUAAUUAGUUUUAACUUUUGUUGGUGUUUCAUACCAGAAUAUCAAAAAGGACAAAAUAGUUUUAAAAUAGUGUAUAGUCGUAAAUAAAUCAAAUUGAUACAGAGAUUUCUAACGUUUCAUGGAUUUCAUUGUAAUGCAUCUUAACUUGUAAACUAACUUAUUUGUCUUCUUUACAGCAUAGUCCUGAAACUUUGAUUAAUUAUGCAAUCUCUGCAUUUUUUUUAUCUUUUUAUUUUUUUGACAAUUGAUAAUUAAUAUGAGAGGUAUCUUCAUAGACCAUUUUUGGCUUCUAACCUGCACAAUGUUCAAACUUUUUAUUUUUCUUACUGUCUUUAUUUAUUUUAUUUUUAUUUUAUUUUUUUUGCCGGUCACCACUUUUCAGGAAUCCUCAUGAUAAGAUGGUACAAAAAAAUAAAUAAACAAAUAAUACUUUGAAAUUUGAGGAAAUUGUUUAUGUGUAAUUUGUCUGGUCUGUAUGGAAGCCCUGAGCAAGGUUAUUUUUAUUUUAUUUUGUUUUAUAUUAUUUUAUUUUAUCUUAUCUUUUACUUUAUCUAUCAAUUGUUUUGUUUUGUUUUGUUUUUUAUUAUUAUUAUUAUUAUUAUUAAUAUUA